UGGCCAGAACGCAAUAAAUUGAAGCUGUUUAGUCGGGUGAGCAUCGCCAAUUGCUUGUUGCAUUCAAACGCAUUCCAAUUAUAACGAUGUUCGCCGUGUUGUGCGUCGUCGUGGGCGAGGAUGGUCCUUUCCCGGUAAACACUGCAGCUCCAGCCACUGUGGGGGGUCUCAACCAGCUGAUCAAGACAGACAACCACAGAACCAUCACCUGCGACGCAAAGGAUCUGCAGCUGUGCCGCGUGGAAGGGCUGAUGCAAGAUGACGACGAAACGCCUGGGCAUGAAACGAGCAUCCUUGGAUGUUUUAAAGCGGCGGCAACGUCGUUGAUAUGGUUCAACACUGCCAAUGUGGCCCCCACGGGAAAGAUUCACAUUUUGGUGGUCAAUGGACUAUGA